AUGGAUAUUCAAGAAGAGAGCUCCACAUUUGGACCCUUGACAGCAAUGAGUUCAAGGAAUAUGUCAUCAUCAUCUUCAGCUUUUUUUUCUGCCAACCAGUCACCCUUUUUCUCUCCAAGAACAUCAUCAUGUCAUUUAUCAGAGUCUUUGAGACCUGAUGCUCCAAGUGACAGAAUUCAUCUAGAUGCUGCUACCGCCAGUACAAGUUCAGGGAUUCCAGAACCAAAAUCUCUAGUAAAUGUUGGAUGUGGCUUAUCUGAGGUAGCUGCAUCUCCUGCUUUUUGUAAUGCAGGUGAUUUGCAGAACCUUGAUCGUAUAUCGUCCUCAGUUGGCAUCUCUAGUAGCACUAUAACUAGUUACUGCCAUCACUAUGAUGAUGGUUACUCUGGACAGAAGGAGAAACGAAGUAAGAAAGGAAGAAACCAAAGAACAUCAUCAACACCAGGUUUUAGAUCACUUUCUUCUUAUAGACUGAAGAGCUGUGAUGUGUUUAUAGGAUUACAUGGUCGCAAACCUUCUUUACUAAGAUUUGCCAAUUGGCUGUGUGCUGAGUUAGAAAUUCAAGGCAUAAGUUGCUUUGUAUCGGAUAGGGCUGGAUGUAGGAACUCUUGUAAGCUUGGCAUUGCUGAGAAAGCCAUGGAUGUUGCUUCUUUUGGGAUAGUGAUUGUAACAAGGAAGUCUUUCAAGAACCCAUACACCAUUGAGGAGCUGCAAUUUUUCUCUGGCAAAAAGAACUUGGUCCCAAUAUACUUUGAUUUGAGUCCUGCUGAUUGUCUUGUGAGGGAUAUAAUUGAAAAGAGGGGUGAGCUGUGGGAAAAACAUGGAGGGGAACUUUGGCUUUUGUAUGGAGGGUUGGAACAGGAGUGGAAAGAUGCUGUUUAUGGCCUUUCUCGGGUAGAAGAAUGGAAGUUGGAAGCUCAUGAUGGAAACUGGAGAGAUUGCAUAUUGAGGGCUGUCACAUUAUUAGCAACGAAGUUAGGCCGAAGAAGUGCAGUUGAGCAUUUGACAAAAUGGAGGGAGAAAGUAAAAGAAGAGGAGUUACCUUUCACCCGUAAUGAGAACUUUAUUGGUAGGAAGAAAGAGCUUUCACAACUGGAAUUUAUGCUUUUUGGUGAUGUUACUGGAGAUUCAAAGCAAGACUAUAUUGAACUUAAGGCCAGACCUAAACGAAGGCAUUUGACUAUUGGUCGAGGCAAGAGUAAUGUGCUAGAUGAAAGACACAUGGGAAACGGAAGCAGGGAGGACAAAGCACCAGUUUUAUGGAAGGAGUCAGAAAAAGAAAUUGAAAUGCAAAGUACUGAAUUUUCUCAAAGGCACUACCGUUCGAAGCUCAAACGUGGUGGAAAGUAUACAAGGAGGAAAAGAGGAAUGAAGAUUUUGUAUGGGAAAGGGAUUGCCUGUGUAUCAGGGGAUUCAGGUAUUGGAAAAACAGAACUUAUUCUUGAGUUUGCUUAUAGAUUUCACCAGAGAUAUAAGAUGGUUUUAUGGAUAGGAGGGGAGAGCAGGUAUAUAAGGCAAAACUAUCUAAACCUCAGGUCCUUUGUAGAAGUUGAUGUGAGUGUUGAGAAUAGUUUGGAGAAAACCAGGAUAAAAGGCUUUGAAGAGCAGGAAGAAGCAGCUAUUACUAGAGUUCGCAAAGAGCUAAUGAGAAAAAUUCCAUAUCUUGUGAUCAUUGAUAACUUGGAAAGCGAAAAGGAUUGGUGGGAUCACAGACUUGUGAUGGAUCUUCUCCCUCGUUUUGGUGGAGAAACGCAUGUAAUCAUAUCAACAUGCCUUCCUCGUGUCAUGAACUUGGAACCUCUAAAACUUUCAUACUUAUCUGGAGUUGAAGCAAUGUCUCUAAUGCUAGGAAGUGGCAAGGACUAUCCAGUUGCAGAGGCUGAUGCACUGAGAACUAUUGAGGAGAAGCUUGGAAGGUUAACUUUGGGCCUUGCCAUUGUUAGUGGAAUUUUGUCUGAGUUACCUAUUACCCCAAGCAGGCUCUUAGAUACCAUAAACAGAAUGCCCUCAAAGGACAUGUCACGGAGUGGUAAAGAAGCUCUCUCAUUCAGGCAGAACACUUUCCUCUUGCAACUCUUUGAUGUUUGUUUCUCAAUAUUUGAUCAUGCAGACGGCCCGAGGAGCUUGGCAACCAGAAUGGUACUGGUAAGUGGAUGGUUUGCACCUUGUUCAAUUCCAGUUUCCUUAUUGGCACUUGCUGCUCAGAAGAUACCUGAAAAGCAAAAGGGGACUUGUUUCUGGAGAAAAGUAAUGCGAACUUUAACAUGUGGCUUCACAUCCUCACACUCCAAAAAAUCAGAAUUAGAAGCAUCUUCCCUACUGCUACGAUUUAAUAUUGCAAGGAGUAGUACUAAGCAUGGACACAUCCAGUUCAAUGAAAUCAUCAAACUAUAUUCUCGGAAAAGAGAAGUUACUGGAUCUGCACAAGCAAUGGCUCAAGCUGUUAUCAGUCAAGGGUCAAUAUCUGAAAAUAUGGAGCAUCUAUGGGCUGCAUGUUUUCUUCUAUUUGCAUUUGGUCAUAAUCCUGCAGCUGUUGAACUCGAGGUUUCUGAGCUUUUAUAUCUUGUUAAAAAAGUUGUUCUACCUCUUGCAAUUCACACUUUCAUUACAUACUCUAGAUGCAGUGCUGCUCUAGAGCUUCUGCACCUCUGCACCAAUGCCUUAGAAGCUGCAGACCAAGCAUUUGUUACCCCGGUUGACAAGUGGUUAGACAAAUCACUUUGCUGGAGGACCAUUCAGACUAAUGCUCAGUUAAAUCCUUGCCUUUGGCAAGAAUUGGCUUUGUGUAGAGCCACUGUUCUUGAGACUAGGGGCAAGCUAAUGCUAAGAGGUGCACAAUUUGACACCGGGGAUGAUCUGAUCAGGAAGGCUGUUUAUAUCAGAACUUCAAUUUGUGGUGAGGAUCAUCCAGAUACCAUAUCUGCACGCGAAACAUUAAGCAAACUCACCAGACUAAUUGCAAAUGUUCAAAUUCGCGCUUCAGCUUAG